AUGAAGCCUCCAAUGCGCCCAAAGUCGGCUAACGCUGCGAGUCGGCAGGUGAGUCGCCAUCGGAUGCAGUUGGUUCAGGAGCCAGCUACCAGCAACCAGCACGAGGAUCUCGACGGGGAGUUGGAGGCUUUAUUGGCGGCAGGGAAGGAGGAUUUGGUGAGGUCAGGAACGUCGUUAGCUACAGGGCGCCAGCCUGGGUACGGUAAAAGGCCGUUUUCGGCUGCAGCGGCGCCUUCGUCUCAUCGUCCGAGUCUGUUGGAAACUUCGCAUCAACCUGCUGCAGCUCCAAGUAAUUUUGCAGUAAAGAGGGCAGCGAGUAGGUUGAAAAGACCGCACUCGGCCGCUGCCAGCACGCGGUACCAGCCGUUCCGAGCUCUUGAGAAGAGCAGCGCGUCCCUUACUAGCUGCGUUUCACUCGUAUCCCGCUCCACCAAGGCGGCACGGAGUGAGCGCAUGCUAGCGUCGACAAGAGAACACAUCGAAGAUACUUUUGUCUAUGCUGUGCCACGACAUAACUUCGAGGAUGGCUUGCCGUACGACCCGUACGAUAUUAUUCCAGAAACGCUCUUUGGGGGUGGAAGUGUCAACCAGCUGCAGGACGCGCACUGGGACUACUACACGAUCAGUCGAGGAGGAUACACCUUCCAUCUUAAAAGCGACGACUUCCAGUCCACAUUCCUCUCUCUGAGCGACUGGGAGACCCAGAAGGCUCAAUUCACCAAGCUGCGGAGCCUUUCGACCUUUUCAAGGUGA